AUGAGUAAGUGCUACACUUAUACCAUCCGCAAUGGCGAUACCUGUGCGAAAAUUGCUGAGGGGUAUCGGAUCACCACGGCCAAUAUUGAGGCUUGGAACGCCAAUACCUCAGCAUGGUAUGGGUGUAAUGAUCUACAGGAUGGUGGCCAGGUCUGUCUGAGCGCCGGCGAUCCUCCGAUGCCAGUGGCGAUCGGUAAUGCGGUCUGUGGUCCUCAAGUGCCUGGAACAGAACGUCCGAAGGAUAUUCUCAAAAUUCCGUCUUUGAACCCAUGCCCUGCAGGUCAAUGUUGCUCUAGAAAUGGCCAAUGUGGUACUGGUGCAGGCUUUUGUGACUCAUCUGCACUUACGCCUUCCGUGUCAGCUGCACCUGCAGAUAAAGCCGCACCUGCAUCUGCAACAACCAAAGCUACAUCGGCGCCAGCCGAAUCUGCAAAGCAGGCUGCACCGGCAUCUACAACAACCAAAACUACAUCGGCGCCAGCCGAAUCUGCAAAGCAGGCUGCACCGGCAUCUACAACAACCAAAACUACAUCGGCGCCAGCCGAAUCUGCAAAGCAGGCUGCACCGGCAUCUACAACAACCAAAACUACAUCGGCGCUAGCUGAAUCUGCAAAGCAGGCUGCACCGGCAUCUACAACAACCAAAACUACAUCGGCGCUAGCUGAAUCUGCAAAGCAGGCUGCACCGGCAUCUACAACAACUAAAACUACAUCAGCGCCAGCUCCGUCUGUAAGAACUGAAGCUACACCCGUGGAAAACAAUGCAGCGUUGAUAGCUAAAUCUUUAUCAAACAAGGAUCCAAAUUUCUUCACGACAGAUAUCCCCUUGAUAGAUGUACCCUUGACAUUUCUACAUUCGACCACGACUGUGCCGUCUUACCCUCUUGUUAGUGUCGAUAAAAUCGGAAACGCGAUCAAGAUGAUCAAUAUGUUUGCGACCAUAGGCCAGACAAGCACAACUACUACCACGACCAUGUAUACCACAACGAGCAAACCCUCCACAACCGCGACCACAUCCUCCACAACAAACUCCAACCCAACAAAAGUCGUUGACGGUAUCGCUACUGUACCCAGCGGAUGGGAGUUGAGGAUGUUCGAUGAACCAGGCUGCGCUGGCAACUAUGUGCUCCUCCAAGGCCAUAACAAGUAUUUAGAGGACAGUUCCUGCAUGAAGUUCCGCAGCGCAAGUGAGCUUAGCACCAAUGUCACCGACACAUCCGUUUCGUGUCGUUGGUGGACUAUACCAGAAUCGGGCAAUUGGAAUUGGAGAGACUGCCACUCGACUGCUCUAGACAAACCCAAAUCAUGGAAGAUGUCGAAUGGUCUCUGUACCGUCUCGCCUAAUACGAAAUGUGAUCUUGUCAACGACAUUUCCCAAACUUAUGGCUGGCGGGGUCCAGGGGUGUGUCAAGAUCGCCAGACUAUGGACCCGAAAUUCGUAUCGAUGAAGUGUUAUGUUGGAUAG